AGAGCGCAGUUCCAGGCGCCUCGCCACCCUCGCUGGGGUCUCUGCGGGAGCAGCGGCCGCAGCUUGCUAGGGGCCUUCGUCCUCCGGGACCCAGCCGCGUCACCUCCCUGGCGGGACAGUGAGGCCGGGCACAGCCACCACCCGCUCCCGCCCGCGGGAAGGGGGCGUAUGCAAACAACCCGAAGUCCCAAGCUCCUGAUUGGUCGGUCCGAGGCCUCCUCCCCGCCCUGCUCCCGCGGCCGGCGCGGCGGGCAUGCGGGCGCGGCCCGCGCGCGCGUGAGAGGAUGGGGACGCAGGGCAGCCCGGUCAAGAGCUACGACUACCUGCUCAAGUUCCUGCUGGUGGGCGACAGCGACGUGGGCAAGGGCGAGAUCCUGGAGAGCCUGCAGGACGGCGCGGCCGAGUCCCCGUACGCCUACAGCAACGGAAUAGACUACAAGACGACCACCAUCCUGCUGGACGGACGGCGGGUGAAGCUGGAGCUUUGGGACACUUCCGGCCAAGGCAGGUUCUGCACCAUCUUCAGGUCCUACUCGAGGGGCGCACAGGGCAUCCUCCUAGUGUAUGACAUCACCAAUCGCUGGUCCUUUGACGGCAUAGACCGGUGGAUCAAGGAGAUCGAUGAGCAUGCGCCUGGGGUUCCCCGGAUCCUGGUUGGGAACCGGCUGCACCUGGCCUUUAAGCGGCAAGUCCCAACAGAGCAGGCGCGUGCCUACGCAGAGAAGAAUGGCAUGACCUUCUUUGAGGUCAGUCCACUGUGCAAUUUCAAUGUCAUCGAGUCCUUCACCGAGCUGUCCCGCAUCGUGCUCAUGAGGCAUGGCAUGGAGAAGAUCUGGAGGCCCAACCGAGUGUUCAGCCUGCAGGACCUCUGCUGUCGGGCCAUUGUGUCCUGUACCCCCGUGCACCUCAUCGACAAGCUCCCAUUGCCGGUCACCAUCAAGAGCCACCUCAAGUCCUUCUCCAUGGCCAAUGGCAUGAACGCCGUCAUGAUGCACGGCCGCUCCUACUCGCUGGCCAGCGGGGCAGGCGGCAGCAGCAAGGGCAACAGCCUCAAGAGGUCCAAGUCCAUCCGCCCGCCCCAGAGCCCGCCCCAGAACUGCUCCAGGAGCAACUGCAAGAUCUCGUAGCGGGCAGGCUGGGUGCCCGCCGUCCGGUGCGCUCUGCGAGGGCUCGCGCUUGGGGAUCGCGUCUGGCUGGGCGCCGGGCCGGGCGCCGUGUCAGGGAGGGCUGUGGCCACGCCGCCUCCCG